AUGCAUGUCUGCAUUUCACAUUUCCCUUUUCGAGUGACAGUGUUGAGGUGUUGGAGGCGCCCGAUGCAAGCCGCAUGCCACGUAGGGCUCGCCGGGUGGGGGCACAUUCGUUGUCGUCAGUCAGGCUGGCGUCGGGUAUGUCCCUCAUCCGAUACGCCAGCGCUGGGCGCAUUGCAGAGUGCGUGUCGCAUUUUGCAUUCGCCGACGCUUGAGCGCAACGCUGGUGCCUUGAGGACUGUGAAGCGACUGCCGCGUGGCAUGUCCCCGUUUCGGCCAUCUCGUGCUGCUGCAAAGCUGGAGCAACCCCACGGCGCUGUCGACUCUCAGUCGGACGGUAGCCGCCACCAUCACCAUGGCUUAUUUCCCCUCACCCCCUCAGAAGGUGCACCUUCGUUGUCUGCGACGCCAAGCGAGCAGCUGCCGCCGUGGCCAGUCGACGCCUUCGAGUUCAACGCGGCCGCGGUAAAGGGCGGGCAUGACAUUCGUCUCGCCUGGAAAACCAUUUUUCCUCUCUCCGACUCGGCCACUGCUGGCGUUAGCGCCAAUGAGAGUGCCGCCGCUGUACCCGAUGCAGCGCCUCCCUUGCUCGCCUCCGCGUCUGGGUCAACACCGAAGCGGCCUCUCCUCACCCCCCACACCAUUCGACGCCUAAAAACAGCUGAGGAGACGGCAGAGGCGCAGGCGGCGCUGUGCGGUGGCGGUUGGGUCUGCACGGGGUGCUGGUCGAUCGUGCUGGCCGACUGCAGCGAUGAGGUUGGUGGAAGCGCGUCCCGCUCGACUCGCCUCGCCGCUUUCCCCUGCACCAUUUGCCCUGUGUGCCGCACACUACGCCACGACGCCCACACGUGGUCGUACAUCGCAUCUCUGCGCCUUCGAUCUGACCUCUGGAAGUGUGAGUGCUGCGGAGAGGCAAACACGCGUGCUGCCGCAAAUUGCCGCUGCUGCGGGGUAACACGCACCACAGGCGUUGGCACUGCUGCUGCUGUUGCUACCGCUGAUACGCAGGCUUUCGUGCGCAGGACGAUCGCCGUGGAAGUCGAUUCAUGUCCCAUCGGACACAUAAUCGUCACCCGCAACCGCACGACGCGCUGGCGCUGCGGGGUUUGCAAGGAGAUCAACUCACUGCAGAUGGCUUUGUGCCGCAAUUGCGCCCGUGAGCGGUUCGCCGUCACGGUGAGCUGCCCCACGUGUGAUGUCCCGCGUGUCUUGUCAAACGCAGUGGUCUUUGGCGGUGGGACAAGCGCACGUGCGACACGAGGGACCGAUUGCCACGCGACUCUGGACCCACUUUCCCUUUCAUGUGCCGGCGCCGCUGGUGCUGCUGGAGGCGGCCAUACAGCCACCCCCGAUGCUUCCCUCGCUGCCCCUCUAACCUUUCCUGAGCGCACGUUCGAUCCCGAAAAUUGCUAUACCCCGAACUCGACGCAGAUCACCUGUCUGCAAUGCCACAGUCCUCUCCAUGGCGGCCGCGUGGCCAUCGUGAACACAAUAGUGUCGUGGUGGUGCGCCUGCGGCGUCGUGAACUCUGUGACAGCGUACAGCUGCCUGCGCUGUCGUCUGCCGCGUGCCUUAGAAUCCCCAGAGAAGUUGCGCGCGCUGCUGCGGAGCGCUGUCGAGAAUAGCGCGUCCCAGCCACUGCCUCUGUCGGCUCACGAUGCCGGGGCCGCGUCCCGUUCUUCUGCCGCAUCGCCGACGUGGGACUUUAGGUAUUGCACGAACUGGAUGUGCGACCUCUGCUGCGGCGUGAACACUGCUUCCUAUCAAGUGGUUGCCGAGAGUCACUCGUCGCCUUCCUCGGACGAAACCUGCCCCGACAACACGAAGCGCAGCCGUCGGCUGUUGAUGCGCCAUGGCGAUGCCGCGUGCCGGCACUGCGGUGCCCCGUGGCAUCACCACGUCUUGCAGGAGGGCAACUCUUGGCGAUGCGCGUGCCACGCGCUCAACUCGUGCACUGACGCCCUUUGCACGAGUUGCGGGCUGCCAGCGCUGGAUAAAAUUCGGCCUGACGUGAUUUCAUCCUGGUCUAAGGGGGACUGGCGUUGUCAGUCCUGCGGCAGUCUCUGCUACAGAGGUCGACAGCAAUGCUCCUGCGGCACCUUUCGCCCAUCGGCACGGCUCAGCAGUGUGUCAUGA